CAGAGGGCCCUGAUCCGCAGUCAGGAGCUGGGCGAUGAGAAGAUCCAGAUCGUGAGUCAGAUGGUGGAGCUGGUGGAGAACCGCACCAGGCAGGUGGACAGUCACGUGGAGCUCUUCGAGGCACACCAGGACAUCGGUGACAGCACUGGCGGCGGUGGCAAGGCCGGCCAGGACAAGUCGAAGAGUGAGGCGAUCUCUCAGGCGGACAAGCCCAACAACAAGCGGUCCCGGAGGCAGCGGAACAACGAGAACCGAGAGAACGUGUCUAAUAAUCACGACCACGACGACAUCACCUCAGGAACACCCAAGGAGAAGAAAGCAAAAACCUCAAAGAAGAAGAAACGCUCCAAGGCCAAAGCAGAGAGGGAAGCCUCUCCCGCAGACCUCCCCAUCGACCCCAACGAGCCCACGUACUGUCUGUGCAAUCAGGUCUCCUAUGGAGAGAUGAUCGGCUGCGACAACGAUGAGUGUCCCAUCGAGUGGUUCCACUUUUCUUGUGUGGGACUCAACCAUAAACCAAAGGGCAAGUGGUACUGCCCCAAGUGUCAGGGGGAGAGCGAGAAAACAAUGGACAAGGCCCUGGAAAAGUCCAAGAAAGAGAGGGCUUACAACAGGUAGUGUGUGGACGUGCACACGGGCAGGAGAACAAACCCAAGUCCCAGGAUGGGCAGAUGAGUAUUUUUAGAGACUGGUAGAAAUGGACCCUCUCCUCGGGAUGGCAGAAACAGCCUGUGUCUUCAUGGUGUACCUGUAACCAGACUGGGUCUGCAGAUCAGCGUUUUAGAAACUACCAAUAUAGGUUCGAAUUAAACACGUCAGCAAGUGUCAGACUGGUUUUUGGGGUUGGGGAGUGACUUGGAAGUAACCUAACAGAUGUAUAAAGAAGAGAUUUAAUUUGGCUGUUUCCACAAAAAUGUUAUGGUUUACAAAAAAAAAAAAAAAUUAUCCAGGUUGCUGAAGUACAGCAAGUGUGCUUCUCGCUGCCAUAAUGUAUAUCCACAUGACAAGUUGGUCAAAGGUUUAAAGUCUAAAUAUUAUUUUUUAAAAAGGUUAAUGGGUAAAUUUUACAUGACAUAUUUUAUACAUGGCCUAUUCCCCAACUGGCCAUUUUUAAUGACUGGGGACAUUUUUAAUAGGUCAGACACAAGCGGUCCAGGUCUUGCCUUCGCUACCCUAGGUCAUCGUGUGGCCACCUUUAACUUAUGAAGUGUAUAAAUGUACAUUUUCCAGCCACCUUGCCCUGCUGUAUUAUAACCAGAAGUGCAGCCUGGUGCUGUUGUGAAGCCGAGGUGUGCGUCCUGCUGCGUGUGUGAGCUGUGUAGAUGUUGCGUCAAGAAAUAAAUGAGACUUGGCCAGUU